AUGAAACGGUCCAACGCUUUUAACAAAACUAACCGGGGUGUGUUUGAAUCUCAAUCUAAACGUAUCCGAACAACUACAACGUUAAGAGAUAAGGAGAAUGACGUUUCUAUGAUCAAUACUAAUGUUCCUGUUCCUAAUUGUGACAAGUCUACCAGACUCGAUCAGAUCGAAAAGAAAUUAUCAAAUAACAAUGUUCUGCGCGAAAGUCAAUCCGCUACGACAGCAAACGCACGGUCUGAAUCAACUAUUUCAUUUGCACCACCAUCAACAGCUUCGGCAAACACAGAUACAUCAAUUUCGACAAAUAAUCGUAAUGUGGAAACUAGCGGUGAAAACAGCAUCGCCACUCGAUCAGCAAUCAGUUCAUGCUCGCAACCAAUUGUAUCACGGUCAACAAGUCACAAACCUCAAAAGGAAAAGCAGCAGAGUUUCACGCAAGCUUCAAACCCAAAUCGACUUUCUCGAUUAUUUGAACCAUCUUUGUUGAAUAACUCAAGCACAUCUACGAGUAGCAACAAUUCUCACUCUGCGCACAUCGAAGGUUCAUUGGAAUUUCGUGAGCUAAGGAGACUCUACAAUAAGGAGAAGAGUAUGGCCGACGAAUGGCGGAAAGAUUAUGGAAUAUUGAAAGGUCAAAUGGCUACCUUGAAAGCAACUACUAUUCCACGGCCAACGGCAGAAGUGUUAGAAUGGCUAAGCGAAUUAUUCGACAUCAUUAGUAGCAACGGAGUGUUUGUUGGCGAUGGGAGAUCUUUGGAACAAAUAGGGCAUGAGUUGGGAAUCGACACAACUAGUCUUGCUACCAUUUCUGCUCGAACACCUCAAAAAUCUGCGUUAAAAAUCUUUCGUCUGUUGUAUCCAACAGUUGGCAGUAGAGCAAAUUGCGGAUCAAUAUCGGCUGUUCCUCAAGAACAAUUGGAGAACAUUUACGCUUACGUACGCACACUACAUAAAAGCUUGAGCUUCAGUAUGAGUGAUUUACGGAAAGCCAUAGGCACUUCUAUACGAACUGCCACAGCCGACAUACGCCGAAUGCAUCUCCGUGGACAACAACAACUCAAUGACUUCUCGAAUGACCUUGGUUUUGAUUCGAACGUUACGGGUGAUUCAGCGCGAGAUGUCUAUAGCGAUAUGGAUGAAAAUGGACCAGAUGACCAAGAAAGUGAUGAAGAGAAUGAAUCCGGCGAUGACAAUGAAGAUUCCGAUGAUGAGUUCGAUCGGCAAGCUAAUGCACGUCGUCUGGUAAUGGAUGAUGAAGAUGAGGAAGAUUAA